AUGAGGGUUGACCUGCCAGGUCUAAUCUCAGAGGGUCUGAGACUGUGGGUGAACGAGGAGAGAGACAUAGCAUUCGAAGGAAAGAUGAAGAGCGAACCUGAGUAUGAGUAUGAGUAUGAGAGAGGGUCAUUCCAGUCCUCUCAAAAAUGUUAUCCUUUGGAGAGCCCAUUUCUUGUGAGAGGAAGGGUCGCCCCUUAUCUUACGAAAGAAAGAGAAGACUGGUAUCUGGCAAAGUUUGAUUUGCCAGGUCUCUCAAAAGAAGAUCUGAGGGUCUGGGUUAAAAGCAACAUUCUCCAUUUCAAAGGAGAAGAACACCGAAAUGGUGAUGAAGUUGAAUCUGAUGAUGAUGAUGACGAAGGGGACGACGAUGGCUUUAAAGGUCUGAGGAUUUACUUGGGUGCUAUCGAGCUUCCUCCUGAGGAAAGGUUCUCCGUGGAUCAGAUCAGAGCAGAGCUCAAAAAUGGUGUUCUCAAGGUCGUCGUCCCCAAGCUCAAGCUCCAAGACAGGAAUGAUGUUUUCCUUGUCAAUGUCGACUGAUCAAAUUUCUACUUUCUCAGUCGUUUCUUUUGGUGGCUCUAUUUCGAUCUCUUGUUAGUGGUGUUUGUUUCUCUGUAAUUUGCUUUCAAUUAUAGUUGGUUGGUUAGGUUUCUUCAUUUCUGCGUUUGUGAAUCUGUCACUGCUACAUACUGAAA